UAACUGCCGUUGCCGUGGCUACCAUGUGAGUCCGGAAGUGACCCUGUACAACAACGAAACAUGGCUGUGCAAAGCUGGAUUGAGAUCCUGAAAACGUCAAAGAAAACUGCCUUAAUACACGACGGUGAGCAAAUUCAUCUAUUCUUACUAAAGAUUCAUUUAUCUUUUCUGUAAAACUACCUUUGUGCUUUUUAAACGAAGUUGCUUCCUCUUACUUCUCGCGGUUGAGCCAGUGUCACGAAGCAACAAGCAAACGACACAACUUUGAGUGUAUAGCAUCUAAAACAAGUUAUUUAGAAAAGAAAAAACACUAAAACAUCUACAUGUUUGCCAAUAUAAGACAUCUCUUGACGAGAAAAAGACCUUAAAAUAAGAACAAUAGGACUUUGUUCCCUCUCAGUGUCUUCUAAGGCUGUAAAAGUGUCUUACCUAAACCAUCAUCUCUGCUUUUAUCAUAACACACCUUACAAAGUGUUAAUGUGACUUUUUAUUGAACAACACUGGUUGCUAUUUAAAGAAAUUAAGAUUUUAUUUUUUGAACAUGUGCAUUUGAUGUUAUCAAAGAGGCAUACGGACUCAUUUUGACAUAUAAAUAUAUACCCCUGGGCUACAGUGACUGCAGUUUGCAUUUUGUUGAAUCAGAAACACAUUAUGGUUUUUGUUUAGUUUACAGGGUCUUUUGCUAUUUUAUUUAGGUUUUUCCAGUUGAUUGAGUCUUUACAUAUUUCACCUCCAGGAAAAAGAAAAAUCCACUACCUUUUUAAAGAUGGUAAUGAAAUGGCUGAAGAGUAUGAUUUAAAAACAGAUGAGCUCCUCGGUAAGCAACAAUGUCAGAAAUUUCACACAAUAGCAAGUAGCUGAAUUUCACAAGCAUGUUUUUGAUCAUUACCUUCAAACUUUUUGAACCUUUUCAGUGAGAAAGUGGCGUGUGAAAAGCACACUCGGAGCUCAGGGCCAAUGGCAGGUAGAGGUUGGAGAACCAACUGCAGGACCUGCCGCUUCUUUGGAUUCAGAGGUGAUCAAGGAGAACUGCUCGAAUGUAAGUUUUCUUCUGUUAACUUAGAAGUUAGACUGAAACUUUUGAGUUUUUUCAUCUGAUUGCCUUUUAUAAAAACAUUUGUAAAUAUCAUGCCUGUCAAAAAAAUUAAUGUUUCUCUACCCACAGCCUGUAUUCAUACGUAAGGACACAAAAAGCAGUUUUCAGUGGAGAAUUCGCAACCUCCCCUACCCCAAAGAUGUCUUCUGUGUCACUGUGGAGCCAUCUGAGAGAUGCAUCAUCAUAAAAACCUCAAACAAAAAGUAAAUUCCUCAGAAAGACAGCUUUCUGUCAUUGCUGCUGUUGGUUUUAUCAAUGUAGUCCUCACAUGCUACCCAUAGAUGGCACUGUUCACAAUACAUUACUCUAUAAAGUAACCUUUGAAACCAACAACAGUCUCUCCCUGUUUUCCUAGGUAUUAUAAGAAGUUCAGUAUCACUGAUUUAGAUCGUAUUCAGCUUCCACUGGACGGCUCCGCCCUCAGCUUCACACAUGCCAACAACACUCUCAUUGUCAGCGUAAGUCCACAUCAAGCAAUCUGUACCGACAUUGUUUUUCAUCCCUUUGGUUAUCUAUCGUACGACUUUAAAUCAAAGGAACUGUGCAUUAAAGGCUAUUUUUUAAAGGUUUUUAUUGUUUCCGAUUUUAUUUAUCUGGAAAUACCAUACUGAAAGACCUGAAAACUAAAAUCUUAACAGUCUGAGUAUAUCAACAUAUAGAAAGUGAUUUCUCCAAAACUUUUAGGCACACAUGCAUGAGAGUCUGCAACAACAUUUAUUUCUAUACAUGUUUAACUUUGUUUGUCAUAGCAUUUAACGUAAAUCGUAAGAAUAAAAAAAAAAAUUCUCAUGUUUUGAGCUUGAAGAUUUACUCUGUGGUCUUGUUUCUUGUUUGCCUUCAUGGUAAAGUUUUUUUUUUAUCCCACUGACCAAUUUCUUUUUUUAAUUCUUUUAAUGAUGUACACUUCUUUGCCAUGAUUACUGAGCAGGAAUUAAAGGAGGAGGACAGAGCGGAUAUGGAAGUAAUUAUAUUUCUUUUCUGUUUUCCAGUACAAGAAACCCAAGGAGGUGUUAACCCUUGAACAGGAGCUGCUAAAGGAAUUGAAAAAGCUGAAGGGGACCAGUGAUGGGGACAUGGACUGCAAAACUCAGUGAUUUUGGACAGCGGAGGUGGAAGAAUAGUUCUGUUUCUCACAUUUAAUGCAGAACCUGAUUGCGUCAUUUUGCAGUCUUAUUCAGGCUCUCACUUACUAAUAUUAAGUGAGUCCCUGCAUUAAGAAGUUCUUUUCACAGGGCCUGUCAACUUUUCAACACAAGUAAUUGUGUUUACAAAUUGAAGUUUAUUGAUUAGAUAAACUCUCUAAAUUCACUGCCUUUGAUAUUUGAUUCAGAAGUAUUGAGUUUAAUCAGUCACUCCUGGUUUAACUUCAGUCAUUUUCAACUUUGUUGCUGAGCCACAAAUGUUUUUCUAAAUUAUAUCUCUCACAGAAAAGUUUUUCACAAUUAGCAAAAACAAAGUUCGCAUCACAACAAUGUCUAUUUUUACUUCUUGUUACUAAACCAUGAAUCUAUUUUGAUGAGGGUCACAUAACCUACUGCCCCCCCACCCCCUUUCAUGGAUGUCCUUGUAAAACACUCAAAACACACAAUGCCCCAUCCCUGUUCGUUCCGGGGUCACUGUUACGAGGAAAUCCCAUUUGUGUUAACUGAAUACCCUCAUGUUCCCUGCAUGUAGUGGGCCACCCUGAAAGCCAUUACUGAAACUCUGGUCAGUGAGCAAGCUAUAGUGUUACUGUUUCCCCUUACAGCAUAGUGUCACCCCGACCCUAUGGUUUGCAGAUCAAACAAGUUCAAACACAACAAAUAAAUCGGUGCAAUAUUUGCAUGACUUUGUUUCUAACUGAUUUUGUGUAAAUGUUUUACUUACAUACAGAUAGUAUUUCAUAUUUUUUAAUUUCUUAAGUCUUUGUGUAUUGAUAUGAUGGCCAAAAAUAACUGUUCAGUUUCAUGUUUCAAAAAUUUAAAUGAGCAAAAGUACAAAAACACUCUCCAGUAAGAAAUACUUAGACAGUGGAUAAAAAAAGAACAGGUUUAUAAAAGAGAUAAUGGCAUUUAAAUAUAGAUUGUUUUGACCUUGUGAUUCCUUGCAUUUUUUACUGCUUGUCCAAACCCAGAGAGCAAGUGCAAAAAAGCAGAGACGAAACCACAGGUUUCUCGCACUAUUGUGCUUUGUCUUCUCUCAAAUGGAAAAGAUAGGAAGCAUUUGAACCCGCUCCGUGUUGUUGUUUUGCAAGUUCUGAUGAGUUUUUCUUUUAGGAGAAAUAAGUGCAUACUCAUUUGGUAUUGUUUAACGUUUGAAUUAAAAAGAAUUUGAGUUUUAAAUCUACUUGAAUAUCUAAGACUCCUUAA